UGAAUGUUGGAGCGAGUAGAGCUGCAAAAGCAGCUUCAAGUUCCUGCCAACGAUAACAUUCUGUGAUUGUGGCAACCCAGCGAAGACUUGAACGAAGGCGUGCUCCUGAGGCACACGAGCUGCAAGCGGGAGAUCAAGGAGAAUGAGGAUUGAGAAAAAGGGCUCUAGACCAGCAAUCCGUUAUGGAGCAUGCCAUUACCCCGCUGGACCCCCUGCUUCCCUCUGGCUGUGAGCAUUACAAGUUAAAGGAAAAAAAAGCAUCUGGAAACCCUCCUAGGGCCUUGCAGGAGAAGCUGCAAAGGAGUUUGAAAUACUGCCUUGUGAUUCUGAACCAGCCUUUGGACAAAUGUUUUCGUCAUCUUUGGCACAAAGCUCUUUUAAGAGCCUGUGCUGAUGGAGGUGCCAACCACUUACAUGACGUCACAGAAGGAGAGAGGGAGAGCUUUCUGCCUGAAUUCAUCAGUGGAGACUUUGAUUCUAUUAGGCCUGAAGUUAGAGAAUACUACGCUAUUAAGGGCUGUGAAAUUAUUUCAACUCCUGAUCAAGACCAUACUGAUUUUACCAAGUGCCUUGAAGUGCUCCAAAAGAAGAUAGAAGAAAAAGACCUACAGGUAGAUAUGAUUGUGACCUUGGGAGGACUUGCUGGACGCUUUGACCAGAUCAUGGCAUCUGUGAGCACUUUGUUCCAAGCGCCUCAAAUAACUUCUUUGCCAGUUAUAAUAAUCCAAGAGGAAUCUCUCAUCUACCUGCUCCAACCGGGAAAGCACAAAUUGCAUGUAGAUACCGGGAUGGAAGGUGAUUGGUGUGGCCUCAUUCCUGUCGGACAGCCUUGCAAUCAGGUGACCACAACAGGCCUAAAGUGGAACCUCAGGGCUCCGGUAGAGAAUCCUUUUCAGACCAUCUCAGGCUUCAGAAGCUGCCCACGUUUCUUGACUCAUGAUUCCUUCUUUCACUGUCAAGGCCGUCAGCACAGCAGCAUCAGAUCUCUGACCUCUUUUUCCACUGUCACGUCUCCUUCUCUGACUCAGACUCAAAGCUAUUCUUUUCUAAAAAUAAAAAAUUGUGACUACACUGAGACUGCCUGGGUGAUCCAAUCCAAGCUAAUCCUAGCUCAUGAUUUUUAAUUUAAUCACAUAUGCAAAGCUCCUCCUGCCACGCAAGUACCUUUUUAUAGAUUCCUGGGAUUAUAAUGUGGACAUUUUGGGGGUACCAUUAUACAGCCUAUCAUAUAAGUCUGUAAUCAAUAAUUAAUAACUUCUUGGAAUAAUACAUAUUGAAUGCAAUUGUUACAUCACUGAAUCUUUACAGUUAUUCUGAAAACUACUGUAUGAAGACUGUUUAUAUUGUCCUUAAGAAACUGAAUCUCUAUGUUGUCAUUCAUCUUGGCCUCAGAUAACUUGUGGUAAAGACUCUAGACAAAACAGACACAAAACUAAUUGUGUGAACAUGAUUUAUUUGGUAUCCACAAAGGGUGGGGUGAAGGUCGCAGUUCCCAUUCCCUUUGGUUUCUGUUCUCCAAGAAGUGGAGUCAAGUUCAGCCCAGUGUAUAUUCUGAUCCCCGGGAGCCAUGAAGGAAGUCAGAGUUCACACGGGACCAGAACAAAAGCUCUGGUCAGCUGGGGGUUGUUAACCAGGUUUUUAUUCGAAAUAUUCCUCCUUUCUAUCCUUUUGUGAUCGCUUCUCUUGCUUAGCCUUCGAGGCUGCACAUUUAUGUGUGGUUAAGAUGGUGAAAAACAAAAGGCAGAAAAUUUGGCUCUUCCUUUUAUUGCUUUCUUAGUCACACUUUGUUAGAAUCUCAGGACUCUACAGGUCUUUAUGGAUCGAUCAACCAGCUGUGUAUUGUUAAUUUGCUGAGCACAUGCAUACCAACAAAAUACUGGUUGACUAUUUACCUGUAUUGCUUUUAUUCCUGCUCCUUCCACAUGCACAGACACCAGUGCCGCACGCAUACACUUGUACUACAAUAUGGUGCCGCUUUGGGUUUUCUUAUUAUAUACAUAUAUUUGGUCAGUCUGGGGUUAUAGAGCACAAAACUGCAACUUUUGAUACGUUCAUAAGUUCUGUAUAUUAACAUUGGAGAAUCAUUGCACAAAGCGACAGUCACGGGAAACUUGAGGGACCCAGCUUUUAGGAAAAAGGCAAAGUUAGGUGAGAGGGAGCUUAAUGUAGAUAUUAUUCCUCUGGGGGGGUAAGUACAAAGAGGAACAAGAUUUUUCUUAGACUACAGUAUUCUGAAAGAUUUUCAAACAUUCUCCAUAUGUGCUAAGUUGCUUUAGUUGUGUCUGA